GUUACCUAGCAGAGAAGGCAACAUGGCUCAGAGGGAGGAUGGAGCGUUUGUUCUUCACGGAAGGAGAGUGGCUCUCAGAAAGAUUAGUGGAGAGCCUAAGGCUGCCACAGGUACCAACUCUGCAUUCUCAAGUAUUCCUGUUCUUUGGAGUUUUGCUCUUGAGGAUGUCUCCCCAGCACCUCACUUCUCUGUGGCCAACUAUGAUCACUGAACUGGUACAAGUAUUUCUACUUAUGGAGCAAGAACUUAAUGCUGAUGAAGAUAUCACAAGGAUAUCUGUGCCAUCAGUUGCUGGUUUGGAGACAACUUAUACUGGAGGGAAUGGCUUCUCUACAUCCUACAACAGCCAGCGGUGGCUAAAUCUGUAUCUGUCUGCGUGCAAAUUUCUCGAUUUAGCCUUGCCCUCUGAAAACCUUCCUCAGUUUCAGAUGUACAGAUGGGCAUUUAUCCCGGAAGCUUCCGAUGACGCAGGUUUGGAGGUGCACAGACAAGGCACACAUCAAAGGGAAUUCAAACCAUAUGUUGUUCGCCUUGCAAAGCUGCUGAGGAAAAGAGCCAAGGUCACCAACAUUCGACUUAAAAUCAGGCUGAUCUGAACAUUGGCCCCCAGACCAAAGAUUGGAUUAUAAUAGAGACUUAUGCAGGCCUGUCGGAAGAGAACCUUAUCAACAAACACAUGCAAUCCAGUCCCAACCAGGAUUUUUAAACAUGCCUAAUAUAUAUUUAUAUUUGUCUCAGCCAGAUAUUUGUAUAAGGGGACAGAUAUUGGCCGCUUAUACAGUCCAGUAAGCAACCAACUAAGUCUGGAUGGCAGGUAAAAUUGGACUGUGCACAGCCAGCUUUUAACGUUUAUUCGGCAUUGCAGGAACUAUUUGUUGGGUAACCUGCUGUAUAGUCUGCCUUUUGUAAAGAUAUGAACUUUGACUGUAUUUAGUAACAUAGUAAUAUAGUAAGUAAGGUUGAAAAAAGAAACACGUCCAUCAAGUUCAACCUUUUUUUUUUAUUAUAUCUGCCUAACUACUAGUUGAUCCAGAGGAAGG